AUGGCAAAAAGAAAGGAUGAAAAUUACUUAUCUCAUGAAAAUGCCAAAAGAUCAAGACAAGAAGAGGUGGAGGAUUUUGAUAGAGAUGGUGAUGAAUAUAAUGGUACCUCUACUUUGACUGCAGCAGAAGUUGGAAUAAUUGAGAGUAUUCAGCUAAAAAAUUUUAUGUGUCAUUCCAUGCUUGGGCCUUUUAAAUUUGGUUCUAAUGUUAACUUCGUCGUUGGAAACAAUGGAAGUGGGAAGAGUGCAGUACUCACAGCUCUCAUAGUUGGUCUUGGUGGAAAAGCAGUAGCUACUAAUAGAGGAUCUUCAUUAAAGGGUUUUGUGAAAGAUGGACAGAACUCAGCAGAUAUCUCAAUAACAUUAAGGAACAGAGGAGAUGAUGCAUAUAGGGCAAGUGUUUAUGGUGACUCUAUAAUUGUGCAACAACACAUCAGCCUGGAUGGAAGCCGAUCUUAUAAAUUAAAAAGUGAAACAGGGAGUGUGGUCUCUACUAAGAAAGAAGAGCUGAUUGCAAUUCUUGAUCAUUUUAACAUACAGGUAGAUAAUCCAGUUUCUGUUUUAACACAAGAGAUGAGCAAGCAGUUCUUGCAGUCUAAAAAUGAGGGUGACAAAUAUAAAUUCUUCAUGAAAGCAACGCAACUUGAACAGAUGAAGGAAGAUUACUCGUAUAUUAUGGAAACAAAAGAAAGAACAAAGGAGCAGAUAAAGCAAGGAGAAGAGCGACUUACUGAACUGAAGCGCCAGUGUUUGGAGAAAGAGGAGCGUUUUCAAAGUAUUGCUGGUUUAAGUACAAUGAAAACUAAAUUGGAAAACUUGAAACAUGAAAUGGCUUGGGCAGUGGUCAACGAAAUUGAAAAACAGUUGAAUGCCAUCAGAGAUAAUAUCAAAAUUGGAGAAGAGCGUGCUGCUAGACUUGACCGGAAAAUGGAAGACCAGCUAGUCAGACUUAAUGAAGCAGAAGAAAAGUACAAGGAUAUAAAUGAUAAACUUGAAAAGAUUAUUCAAGAGACAGAUGUGCGAGCUCCAGAAUGUGUGGCGUUGAAAGCAGAUGUUACUGCUAAGACAAGGGUCUAUAAUGAAGCUGAGGUUUUAUGUAAUCGUUUCCUAACUGAAUAUAAAGCAUUAAAGAAGGAUGAUGAGCAGCUUUGUAAAAGAAUUGAAGAACUGAAAAAAAGUACUGAUCAGUCUUUGGAACCUGAGCGGUUGGAAAGACAAAAAAAAAUAAACUGGCUAAAAGAGAAAGUAAAGGCCUUACAAGAUCAAGGAAGUUUAGUUACUCAAGAGAUUCAACAAUUUCAGCAAGCCAUAGAAAAGGACAAAGAAGAACACAACAGAAUUAAGAGAGAAGAACUAGAUGUGACACAUACGCUGAACUAUAAUGAGAGACAACUGAAAGAACUGAGAGACAGUAAAACUGACCGACUGAAAAGAUUUGGUCCCAAUGUUCCAGCUCUUCUUGAAGCAAUAGAUGAUGCUUAUAGACGGGGACUUUUCACCCACAAACCUGUUGGUCCUUUAGGAGCAUGCAUUCACCUUCGGGACACUGAGCUCGCUUUAGCUAUUGAAUCCUGCUUAAAAGGACUUCUACAAGCCUACUGUUGCCAUAAUCAUGCAGAUGAAAGAGUACUUCAGGCACUGAUGAAGCGGUUUUAUACACCAGGGACCUCAAGACCACAAAUAAUAGUUUCUGAGUUUCGGAGUGAGAUGCAUGAUGUAAGACACAGAGCUGCAUAUCACCCAGAGUUUCCAACAGUUCUGACCGCAUUAGAAAUAGAUAAUGCAGUUGUUGCCAACAGUCUAAUUGACAUGAGGAGUAUAGAGACAGUGCUGCUAAUCAAAAACAACAGUGAAGCUCGUACAGUAAUGCAGUCCCAAAAGCCACCUAAGAAUUGUAGAGAAGCAUUUACUGCUGAUGGUGAUCAAGUUUUUCCUGGGCGUUAUUAUUCAUCUGAAAAUACAAGACCCAAGUUCCUUAGCAGAGAUCUAGAUUCUGAAAUCAGCCACUUGGAAAAUGAUGUUGAAAAUAAGAAAGCCCAGAUACUAAAUCUUCAGCAGCAUUUGUCUGUUCUUCAAAAGGAUAUUGGACGCAAUAAAGAACUUUUUGAAAGGUGCAAACUACAUUAUAAAGAGUUAGAGAUGAAAAUAAGAAAAUGUCUUUCAGAAAUUCGAGAACUUGAGAAUAUAGAAGAACACCAGUCUAUAGAUAUUGCAACUUUGGAAGAUGAAGCUCAAGAAAAUAAAAGCAAAAUGAAGUUUGUUGAGAAAAAUAUGGAGCAACAAAAAGAAAAGAUGGAGACUCUUAAAAGUGUGAAAAUAGAAGCAGAAAACAAAUAUGAUGCAAUUAAAUUGAAAAUUAGUCAGCUGUCGGAGCUAGCUGAUUCACUUAAGGAUGAAUUAAACCUUGCUGAUUCUGAAGUGAAUAACGAAAAACGAGGGAAGCAGCAUUAUGAAGACAAACAAAAGGAACACUUGGAUACUUUAAAUAAAAAGAAAAGAGAACUCAACAUGAAAGAGAAGGAACUUGAGGAGAAAAUGUCACAGGCAAGACAGAUCUGCUCCGAGCGGAUAGAAGUAAAAAAAUCUGCAUCAAUUCUAGACAAAGAAAUUAAUAGAUUAAGGCAAAAAAUACAGGCAGAACAUGCCAGUCAUGGAGAUCGAGAAGAAAUAACAAGGCAGUACCAAGAAGCAAGAGAAACCUAUCUUGAUCUGGAAAAUAAAGUAAGGACUUUAAAAAGAUUUAUUAAAUUACUGGAAGAAAUAAUGAUCCAUAGAUACAGAUCAUAUCAGCAAUUUAGAAGGUGUUUGACUUUACGAUGCAAGUUAUACUUUGACAACUUAUUAUCUCAGCGGGCUUAUUGUGGUAAAAUGAAUUUUGAUCACAAGAAUGAAACCCUUAGUAUAUCAGUUCAGCCUGGAGAGGGAAGUAAAACUGCCUUCAACGACAUGAGAGCCUUAUCUGGAGGUGAACGUUCUUUUUCCACAGUGUGCUUCAUUCUUUCUCUGUGGUCCAUUGCUGAAUCUCCUUUCAGAUGCCUGGAUGAGUUUGAUGUCUACAUGGAUAUGGUUAAUAGGAGAAUUGCAAUGGACAUGAUACUCAAGAUGGCGGAUUCCCAACGUUUUAGACAAUUUAUUUUGCUUACUCCUCAAAGUAUGAGCUCACUUCCUUCAAGUAAACUGAUUAGAAUUCUUCGAAUGUCUGAUCCAGAAAGAGGACAAACAACGUUGCCUUUCCGACCUAUAACACAACAGGAAGAAGAUGAUUGA